AUGAACCCGUGGAUCCUCCUCUGUGUGUCUGCCUUGUUCCACUCCGUUGUUGGUGAUCAGCAACCGUUAAGCGUCCCUGCGUCCGACAUCAGUGUCCUCCCCCCCGCGCGGCCCAUCACCCUCCACGACUUCUACAUCUCAACCGACGACAGCGGCAACCCCCAGUGCUGCCCCAUCGGGACGGUCUUCAAUGGCCGCGAGUGCAUCUUCCUCCACACCUCCGUGUGCCCUCCAAACACGCUGCAGCUGGGCAAUACCUGCGUCGCCGACCCAUCCUGCCCCCCAGCCUUCAACUUCGACGGCAAACAAUGCAUCUCCAAUCGGCCUCCAAUCUGCCCCCCCGGGGCCCGUUUCGACGGCAAUGCAUGCAUUGGCGAGGCCAGUCCCUCAUGCCCCCCUGGAACCGUGUACAAUGGCCAUGCGUGUGUCGGAACCAGCCCUGCCGCGUGUCCUCCGAACUACAGAUUGAAAGACAACAUCUGCGUCACGGCCCAGUCCCCGUCCUGUGGCGAGGACAUGCAGUUCGACGGCCGCGGAUGCUCGAGCUCCCAGCCCCCUGUCUGUCCACCUGGAACCCAGCUUUCCAACGGCGUGUGCGUCUCCAUCGUGCCUCCUUCAUGUCCUCCGCCGCUCCGCUUCCAGGGCAACACCUGCGUGACCUCCUCCAAGCCCGACUGCCCGCCCGGAACUCGGUUUGACGGCGCUGCUUGCAUCUCGCAGCUCCCUCCAACCUGCAGCACCGGCGUCUUUGACGGUAAAGUGUGCAAGGACACGCAGCCCCCAAGCUGCCCCCCAAGCACCGUGCUUCAAGGCUCGCUUUGCGUGACCCAGGGAGGCCCUGCGUGUCCGCCGGGGCAAAGCCUGUCCACCCACCAGAGCCAGGCCCGCUGCUGUGUGAGCGGGCUCACCUGGGAUGGAUCAGUCUGUGUCCUGAAACCACAACCCGGCAAGCCAUGCCCUCCUGGAAGCACAUUCAAUGGCGAUAAAUGCAUCUACACGCCCACCGUCGAGCCCAGCUGCCCUGAAGGCACCAACUUCAACGGGAAGGACUGCGUCUCAUCCAGCCAGCCUUCCUGCCCCCCUGGUACCGCUUUCAACGGCCAUGUCUGCCUGAGCAGCGAGCCUCCCCAGUGUCCGCCCAGCACCAGCUUCGACGGCCGCAACUGCGUCUCCACCGAACCCCCAUCCUGCCCACCCGGCACCGCCUUGAACGGAAACAACUGCAUUGCCUCCACCCCCCCAGAGUGCCCUCCAGGGACCGUGUUCAGCGGCCACAACUGCAUGUCCAGCCAGCCCCCGCAGUGUCCGCCCGGCUCGACCCUGGUCGGACAGACUUGCCGCUACCCAAACACCCCCAGCUGCCCCCCUGGCGCCACAUACACCGGCCAGGACUGCAUCACCCCGCAGCCCCCAACCUGCCCACCAGGCUUCGCCUUCGACGGCAAAGACUGCGUCCACCACGACCGGCCCCGCUGCCCACCAGACUACACCUUCGACGGGAGCCACUGCGUCGCCGACAAGCGCCCAGACUGCCCAGCAGGCACCUUCUUCGACGGCCACGCCUGCCUCCACCGCGACCCGCCAACCUGCCCCCCAAACACCAGCUUCGACGGCACCAACUGCGCCGCCACCGCGAAGCCCGGCUGCCCGCCCGGCCUGACCUUCAACGGCAAGACCUGCGUCCACACCAACCCCCCGCAGUGCCCGCCCGGCUCAACCUUCGACGCCUCGCGCGCCCGCUGCGUCGCAACAACCAACCCCACCUGCCCGCCGGGCACAACCUUCGACGGCAAAGACUGCACCGACCAGCAGCGGCCGGACUGUCCGCCCGGAACGGCGUUCAACGGGGGCGCGUGCGUCUCGACGUCCCCGCCGCAGUGCCCGCCGAAUACCUCCUUCGAUGGCACGAAGUGUGUCUCGACGGACGGACCGUCGUGUCCGCCAGGCACCAGGCUGGAUCAUGGCACGUGCGUGGUGAUCUCCAGGCCGGAUUGUCCGCCCGGCACGACGUUCGAUGGGCAGAGGUGCAGCGCGGCGACGAGGCCCGAGUGCUACGAGAUGCAUGUCUGCCCGCCGGUCUCGCCUCUCGAGGAAAAAUGGUACACGGUUUCGUGA